AUGGACAAAGGUGAAUUUGUCUGUGAAUACAGAGGAGAACUAAUAAUAGCAGCUGUUGGUGAAGAAAGAGAAAAGACAUCUCCAAGUGUAUUCCGCUACUUUUUCCAUCAUCAGGGAAACAAAUAUUGCAUUGAUGCAACACCGGAACCGGCAACCAACGAACACAUCCCAAAACUUGGCCGGCUGGUUAAUCAUUCCGCAAAAUAUCCGAAUGCGAAAAUAAAGGUUGUGGCAAUAGACCAAAUUCCACAUCUCUGCCUGUUCACGCUCAGAGAAAUUGGUGCAGGGGAGGAGAUCUUAUAUAACUAUGGGAUUCGGGAGAAGGACCUCCCAUUCAAAGUGAUCGAGCUGGUUUCGUGCCUUCUGACCUUGAACCUCAGUUUCCUUCUCCAAGUAAACUUAGAAAGCAACGUAAGAAACAAGAUGGUGCUUGAUUAA